UACAGGCCGAAUAAAGAGAAAUAGCUCAUUCGUGUUCAAUGUAGUUGUUGUUUCUUUGAAAAGAAAAAAAAAACACAGAGAUUCAUCACUGGAGAAAUAAAAUGCUGCACCACUAGCACUAAUACAGAAUUUUAAGCGCUGACAUAAAACACCAUACAUCAUUCAGAAAUCAGUGAAAUAAAUUCGAUUUCGUGCGUGCGUAAUGGCAAAAUAAGUGAAAAUGCGAAUAUAAAACCAUUGUGAAUAAAUCGAACGGUGUCAAAAUUGUGAAUAAAUCGAACGGGCAAAUUUUACGACAGUACAAUCAACAAAGAACAUUAAUUUGAAUUUAAAAAAAAAUACAUCGAGCUGAUUUUGAUCUUAAAAGUGCAUUCAGUCUGUGUUGUUUAGUUGAUGCAGUGUACGUGCGCGUAAAAGAGCGUAUGUUUUUGUGUCAUUCAAAUUUUUUAUUUUGUAUUUCGUCAACUCAGUUACAAUAAUCUGUUUGAAUUUGUAUGAAGAAGCUGUUUGUGGUUGUUUCGUCGUGUAAUUUUUGUUCAAAGUGAAAUUUGUAUUACUCACCGUCGUUUAGUUUACAAAACAUUGACCGCGAUCGAAGCCCCCCUGAAGUACAGCGACUGACUAAACUUUAAAUUCAAAUCAACAGACAACAUUUAAAAGAAACAAAGAAUGUCGUCAUUAUCCACGAGUGUUGAACAUUUAGCUAGUAACAAUGAUUCACAGACAAAUGAUGGAUCAUCAAUGUGUCUGGAGCUUGCGUUGGAAGGAGAACGUCUGUGCAAAUCUGGCGACUGUAAUGCGGGUGUUGCAUUUUUUCAAGCUGCCAUACAAGCUGGAACCGAUGAUCUACGAACUCUGAGUGCCAUAUAUAGUCAAUUAGGGAAUGCAUAUUUCUAUUUAAAUGACUAUGCAAAAGCAAUGCAUUAUCACAAAUUAGAUCUAACAUUGGCUCGAUCCAUGGAAGAUAAAUUGGGCGAAGCAAAAUCGUCUGGCAAUCUUGGUAAUACACUAAAAGUAAUGGGCCGUUUUGAUGAGGCGGCUAUAUGCUGUGAACGUCAUUUAACGUUGGCACGACAAUUGGGCGAUCGUUUGUCUGAGGGUCGAGCACUCUAUAAUUUGGGAAAUGUAUACCAUGCAAAGGGAAAGCAUAUGGGACAAUCAGAUCCCGGCGAUUUUUCGGAUGAAGUGAAAGACUCACUUGUCAAAGCCGUUGAGUUCUAUCAACAGAAUCUUGCUUUAAUGAAAGAGUUGGGCGAUCGUGGAGCACAAGGUCGUGCUUGUGGUAAUUUAGGAAAUACUUAUUAUUUGCUUGGUGAUUUUGAGGCUGCCAUUGAGCAUCAUCAAGAACGGUUAAGCAUUGCCAGGGAAUUUGGUGAUAAGCCAGCCGAACGAAGAGCCAACAGUAAUUUGGGAAAUUCUCACAUUUUUCUUGGCCAAUUUGAAGAGGCGGCUGAACACUAUAAACGGACACUAGCACUCGCAAUUGAUUUGGGUGAACGUGCGGUUGAAGCGCAAGCUUGUUACAGUCUUGGUAAUACCUACACUUUAUUGAGAGAUUUUCCGGUCGCUAUUGAAUACCAUCAACGUCAUUUGACAAUUGCACAAGAGCUCGGCGACAAAGUGGGUGAGGCACGAGCAUGUUGGAGUUUGGGCAAUGCACAUUCAUCCAUUGGCAAUCAUGAUAAAGCAUUGAGUUUUGCACAACAACAUUAUGGUCUUGCCAAAGAUCUUGGCGAUUCAAUUGGAGAGGCGACAGCUAGAAUGAAUGUAUCCGAUUUGCGGAAGGUGCUUGGUAUGCCAGACAUUCCAUCGGACGAUGAAUCAACUGAUAAUAACGAUGUUACAAAUCAAUCACAAAAGAGCACCAGCACAUCUCAGGGCAAUAACACAACGCGAGAGAGUAGCUCACGACAAAUUCGGUUGACACCGGAUGGUAAACGUAACAUUACAAAUCCACACAAUAAUAGUGAUGCACAAGCCAAUGAAAACAAUGCAAAUAUUCCAGUACAAUCAACAUUACCGAAAGCGAAUGAAGAAGACUUCUUCGAGAUGUUGACACGAACGCAGAGCAAACGUAUGGAUGAUCAACGUUGUUCAUUAAAAGUGAUUGGUCAUUCACAAUCACAAUCCAGUCGAGAACCACCCGCAAUUCGAAAGCCACUUGUACAACAAAACAGUUUACCGGCUGUACCAAUGACGCCACAAUCAACGAAAGAAAAUCGAAAUGCUUUGCUGGAAAUGAUUGCCGAUUUGCAAUCGGAACGAAUGGAUGAACAGCGUGCUCAGUUGCCAACAACAUUACCAGGUCUUGUUCCAUCACCUCAAAACCAAAACACCCGACGCAAUUUGAUUAAUAAUCAACAAUCGGCUGCACGAAAUACGAAUAGCAGCUCAGGUGAACCAGCUCCAGAUGAUGCAUUCCUCGAUAUGUUGAUGCGAUGCCAAGGCUCACGUCUCGAAGAGCAACGCUCCGAAUUGCCACGAACAAAUGUAACAUUGGACAUGGAACAGGGCGAACCACCAAAUAACAAUCGUCGAAAUUGCGUGAACAAUAAUACAAAUAAUGCCGGAGCAACAGUACCCGAUGAAGAUUUCUUUUCACUCAUUAUGCGUGUACAAGGAGGCCGAAUGGAAGAUCAAAGAGCAGCCGUGCCAUUCAAUUUGAAUCGAACAAAUAAUAUUCGUUCAGCCCUAAACGCAGACAAUAACGCCGUUGGAUCAAGAAAAGCAAAAUAAAAUAUUUAUAUAUAUAAGAUUAAUAAGAAAAUUUACACAAUGUCUUCGGAAAUUUUUUCAAACUACACUUUAAACAAGAUACAAAAACUGAAUCUAUUUACUCAAUUGUCACAAAGUCUUAAGUCAAGAUGCUAUUUUUACAAUAUGUUUUUUUUUUCUUAGCAUUUUAUUGCCUUUUUACAUUUUAAUUCAUGAAAGAAUCUUUUCUUUAUUCGCACCUAAAUGAAAACAAUACACACAUAAUACUUUUUAUGUUCAUUCAAAAUACGAAACCAUGUAUAAUAAAAAAAAAACAUAUUAUGAUAAUGAUUUUUACAGAAAUUAUACCUAAUUUUUAAAAAAGAAACAAAAAAAAUUUAAUGCCUUUAUGAUGUUAUUGGUAAUGACCGUAGGCAAAUCGAACAAAAAGCAAGAUGAUUUUAUUGAAUCGGUACAAAAUCAACUAAAGGAUUUUUAUGCAAAACAAAAAAGUAUAAGAUUUAAAAAAAAAAAGUAAUAUUAUAAUGAAUUAUAUCGAAAUGAAAGUUUUAAAUUGAACCACACACACGCAAAUCAACAAUAGAUUUUUUUUAAAAUUAAUUUUCAGUUUGAAGUAAAUAUGAAAGUGUAGAAAAUUCUGACAGAAAUAUUUUGUAUCAUAUAAAAAAUGAUGUCGAUUUAGUUUGAUGUUCUUCCACUAAAUCAAAUGAAACCAAAAAAAGACAUUCACAAGAGUUUUAUAAUUUUACAAUUGAAAAAAGUGUUUUAUAAAUUUUCACUGGAAAUUCAUACUUGGACGUUUUUUUUAAAUCUAAAUACUCUUCAUUUAUUUUUUUGCUGAUCAUAAAUUCGAAGAGAUGUUCUCACUUACUUUAUAAAGCAAAUACAAAGCAUAUAUUAAGUCAUUUUUUUGAUCAUAGAAUUUCUAACGAUAAAUUAACUAUCGAGAAUUUCAUAUUCAUUCGACAAAUAAAUGCAUACAUCAAUAAAUAGCCAAAAACAUUUUUUUAGAAUAGCAAAUUAAUAUGAUAUUACAUUUUAAAAAGAAAGAAUAAUAAUUCACAGUGAAAACAUUGAGAGCAUACACACAAAGAAAUUAUACAAUGAAAACUAGAUGACUUGUCGUAUAAAAUUCGGAACUAGUUGACACUCCGUAUAAAAUUGUAUUUUUCCAUCUAAUUUCAUACAAAAUAUCAUUCAAAGCAUAAACGAAGAGCAGUUCGCACAAAAGAGAAUACACAAAAACGAUGUUUGGUAUGAAAUUAGAUGGACAUUGGACAAAUACAAUUUUAUACGGAGUGUCACCUAGUUCCAAAUUUUAUACGACAAGUCAUCUAGUUUUCAUUGUAUUUUUUCUCUGUGUGUAAUAGAAUUCUCCAUAAUAUUAUAACUGGUCAUUAUUAAGCUGUUGAGAAAAAUUGUACUGUAGCAUUUCAGUUACCUUCCAUACAAUGCACUUUAAGCACACACAUAUUUUAAAAUAAAUGCCAAUGAUUUUAUUGACGAUACA